CAGCACUGAAGUGAACUGCGCAUGCGCGCUGCAGGAGGAGGCCGAGCUGUUUAUCUGAAGCUAUGAGGAUCUGAGUAUCUAGUUAUCAGAGUGUGUAUUACACACCCACACGUUGCAAGAUGCCGAUCCCUCCCCCACCCCUGCCUCCCACCUUUAGCCAGGCGAACACAAUUCCACCUAAAUUGUCUCAGGACGAGGCAAAAGGCAGAGGAGCGUUACUCACCGAUAUCUGUAAAGGGACCAAACUGAAAAAAGUGGGCAUGGUUAAUGACCGCAGCGCCCCAAUGAUCGAAAAGUACAAAGGGGGUGGAGCUAGCAGUGGAAAUGGACAGAAUCCUGGGGGUGGAGGUAGUGGUGGAGGCGUGUCUACAGGAACUCACCAGCCAAUGGGAGACUUGUUUCAAGGUGGUGUGCCAAAACUGCGGCCUGUGGGAGAUGGUGCAGCAGGCAGAUCACUACAACCCCCCUCACCUCGCCCCAUUGCGCCCCGCCCUCCAGGUUGCCCUGAUGACACUGGAACCUCAUCCCACCAGCCGUCUCCCCCUCCCCCUCCCACAAGUCGUCGUGGCAAUGCUCCACCCACUCCUCCUCAGAAAUGUGCCACUCCUACUUACAACCGUGACAAGCCCCUCCCACCCACACCAGCUCCGCCCCCACCUCCAGUGAAACCACCUCCUUCUCCGGCCAGCAGUCGCUCUUCUUCCUCAUCUUCAUCCUCUUUAGCUCCACCCCCACCCCCUCCUCCUUAUCGCCAGCAGCUGUCCGUGUCUAACGGAUCGUCUAGUCCAGUAAACGAACUUGCCCCUGAACUGCCACAGAGGCACAACUCGUUAAGCAAGAAACCUUCAACAGGAGGUCAUGCUCCCACUCGAGGUCAUGCCCCGCCUCCUCCACCUCAAAGCCCCUGCCCCUCCCCAGCUGCCUCCCGUCCUCCUCCUCCAGUACGUGAUCCUCCUGGGCGUGGAGCCGCCCCUCCAGUACCUGCACAGGUGCAGCGAAGCAGUCGUGAAGCUCCGCCACCUCCACCUUAUCGAACACACUCUGACGCCCCCAGUAGGGGUAAACCCCCACCUCCCCCUUCACGUUCUCCUGCUGGAGCCCCACCUCCUCCACCCCCUAUUCGCAAUGGGCACGCCCACAACACGCACAGUUCUCGUUCCUUUGCAGACGAUUUUGAGUCGAAGUACUCUUUCCACCCGCUGGAUGAUUUUCCACCCCCAGAUGAGUACAGACAUUUCACUAAGAUUUACCCCAGUAAAGCCUUCAGAGUAAUGAGAGGAGCUCCUCCACUUCCUCCUGUGGGCCGGUAAACACUGUGAGCAGUUACUUGAGUACACACACACAAGCUACACAAAUCCUGCACCUUAUUUACGUCUCGCUGAGCUACAUUCCCCAUUGUCUUACUCCAUCUGUCCAUUUGGGAAGGACAAUCAGUGGUUUCUUCUCUUUCACAGGGAACAGGUUUUAUUUUGAGGUAGAAAUUAAAUUCAAAAUGCAAGCUAGUUAGUAAGCGCUGUCUUAAAUGUAAAUGUAUCAGGGUUUUUGAGUAUUGUCCUGGACAUGUAUGGUGUCCGGUGACAUUCACUUUAAGGACAAAAAACACAGUUCAAAGUUAAUAGGCCUAUGUUACACAUGUAUGUUUUUCAAGGUUAGAAAAGAUACUAUUUGCCCCUUAUUUAUUCAUGAAUGCAUGUCUCAAAUCAACAUAGAUCACAUGCUGAAAACAGACUGUAUAUGACCUGGACAAACUUAGUUAAAUUUUAAAUGGAGAAGUUACAUAAAAAUUUACAGUUGUCAUAAAUGGGAAAUCUAAGUCUAUUUCUGUUGUAAAGUUGGUCUUUUAACAUGGGACUCUUUAGUGAUGGACUCAUUUUUGGAGCCUGGUGGUCAUUUGAGGAACUGAACAUUUUGACACUGUUCUGGCUUAAUUUUUUAGAACCAGAGGUUGCACCUUGAUGUUAAAGGACAUUAAACCCCUGUUCAAAUCUG